CCCUUAUUUCAUACGACUUGUGAUAGAUAGACAGCCCCUACUCAGGCAAAAAAAAAAAAAAAAUCCUACGGCGUGAUUGAGUAGCAACCGACCUCUUCUGGUUUCUCGCCGAGAUAUGGGUUGGAGGCAUUUGAUUUCGCAGGUUUCACGAUAUCAAUCACAAUAUGGACAGAUUACCAGUUUGUUUGCUAGAACCUAUUUAUCUGUUAGUAAGUUUGAAGCUCGAGCUGGAAAUGGGUUUUUGUUCACUCAGGAGAGAUUCCGGUCUAGCUAUGUUGGCAAUCUGGCUCGACGAGUACGUGACGCAGAUGAAGCCAGUGAUGUUGCUCAUCUUAAAGAACUUUACCAUCGAAAUGACCCUGAAGCUGUGAUUAGAUUGUUUGAAAGUCAGCCAUCAUUGCAUACGAAUCAGUCAGCACUUUCUGAAUAUAUUAAAGCGUUAGUGAAAGUUGAUCGGCUGGAUGAAAGUGAAUUAUUGAAGACAUUGCGGAGAGGCAUUUCUAAUUCAGUGAGGGAGGAAGAUAGCGUUGGUGGCCUUGCUGCUUUAAAAAAUGUAGGAAAGCCCACUAAAGAUGGAAUUCUUGGAACUGCAAGUGCUCCAAUCCAUAUGGUGGCUGCCGAAGGUGGAAAUUUAAAAGAGCAGCUGUGGCGAACAUUUCGGUCCAUUGCCGUGGUCUUUCUCCUGAUUUCUGGUGUAGGAGCACUUAUUGAAGAUAAGGGAAUCAGUAAAGGACUUGGUAUGAAUGAAGAAGUGCAACCUAGCAUGGAUUCAAGUACAAAAUUUAGUGAUGUAAAAGGUGUUGAUGAGGCAAAAGCAGAGCUGGAAGAAAUUGUGCACUACCUCCGGGAUCCUAAGCGCUUUACCCGUCUCGGAGGUAAGCUGCCAAAAGGUGUUUUGCUCGUUGGCCCUCCUGGGACUGGAAAAACAAUGUUGGCAAGGGCUAUAGCUGGAGAGGCUGGGGUUCCUUUCUUCUCUUGCAGUGGAAGUGAAUUUGAAGAGAUGUUUGUUGGUGUUGGAGCACGAAGGGUCAGGGAUCUUUUUACUGCUGCAAAGAAGCGAUCACCAUGUAUAAUUUUUAUUGAUGAAAUAGAUGCUAUUGGAGGAAGCAGAAACCCAAAGGACCAGAUGUACAUGAAGAUGACGUUAAAUCAGUUGCUUGUUGAACUAGAUGGGUUCAAGCAAAAUGAAGGCAUUAUUGUGAUUGCAGCUACUAAUUUUCCUGAGUCAUUGGACAAGGCUUUGGUGAGACCGGGGAGGUUUGAUCGCCAUGUUGUUGUGCCCAAUCCAGAUGUAGAAGGAAGGCGGCAGAUUCUUGAAUUCCAUAUGUCCAAGGUUCUGAAGGCUGAUGACGUUGAUUUAAUGAUUAUUGCUAGAGGAACACCUGGGUUUUCUGGUGCUGACCUUGCGAACUUGGUAAAUGUUGCUGCUCUUAAGGCUGCUAUGGAUGGUGCUAAAGCUGUGAGCAUGACUGAUUUAGAGUAUGCGAAGGACAAAGUUUUGAUGGGCAGUGAGCGUAAGUCAGCUGUUGUAACUGAUGAAUCAAGAAAGAUGACUGCUUUCCAUGAGGGUGGUCAUGCUCUUGUGGCCAUUCAUACUGAUGGGGCACUUCCAGUUCACAAGGCAACAAUUGUCCCAAGAGGAAUGUCUCUUGGCAUGGUAACUCAAUUGCCCGACAAGGAUGAGACCAGUAUCUCCCGUAAACAGAUGCUUGCUCGCCUCGAUGUUUGCAUGGGUGGUCGGGUUGCAGAAGAGCUGAUUUUUGGAGAAAAUGAAGUUACUUCUGGUGCUUCAGACGAUCUCAGGCAAGCAACUAAUUUGGCCAGGGCUAUGGUUACUAAAUAUGGUAUGAGCAAUGAAGUGGGACUUGUCACUCACAAUUAUAACGAUGACGGGAGAAGCAUGAGCUCAGAAACUAGGCUUCUUAUUGAGAAGGAGGUCAAGCUCUUUUUGGAGAGAGCUUACAACAACGCAAAAACUAUUCUAACCACUCACAAUAAGGAGCUCCAUGCCCUUGCAAAUGCUCUUCUAGAACACGAGACUCUGACGGGAAGUCAAAUAAAGGCCGUGCUUGCUAAAGUGAAGUCUCAGCAGCAACCGCAGCCGCAAGCAAUUGAAGCACAGAAUAGUUCACAAUCAAAACCUAACCCGGCAGCUUCUGCCGCUGCUGCUGCUGCAGCCGCUGCGGCCACUGCAGCAGCCAAGGCUCAGGGUGUUGCUCCCGUUGGAUCUUAGCAAGGCAGCUGUAAGAGGCUGUUUAUUAAUGUGCAGAUAGUUGAUGUGAUUCUGGCCUUGUGGGGGAAUCUUAAUUUCGUUAUGGCGGAUCCAAAUUUGCUCAAAAUUUUAGUUCUUAGCUAUUGUUGUUUGAGCGAAGUACACGUAGAAAUGUUCUUUGAAUUGAGUAACUCAACCAAAAUAGUGAGAUUAAUAUUACAUGUGAAUCUGAAGAACUCGGUGGUAAAUUUGGGUUAUGAGAAUGCGCGGUGCUCGGAUCAUCACUGUGCACUUUAUUUCUGCU